AUGGCGCUGCUGAUUCAACACAGAGACACAGUCAUAGAGACCACGUUGGAAUACAUCACACUUCGUAAGGCUUUGGAUGUGCAAGUCUGCAUUCACCUCCAGAAGGCAGACCAGUUCAUCACAGAUGCAAUACAGACAAGGGAGGAUGGUGUGCUGCAGUGUCCAGUCAUUGGGAUUAAAGAAGAAAUGGAAGUGGACGAGACUGUUGCUGAUGUGGAUGCUGUCUCUGCUAAAGUUGAAGUUGAAGAAGUUCAGCUGGAUGCUGCUGCUGCUGCUGCUGCUGCUGCUGCUGAAGUGGAUGAGACUGCAGCUAUUGCUACUGCUGAUGCUUCUGCUAAAGUUGAAAUUGACGAGGAUUUUACUGCUGCUGCUGUUGCUGAUGAUGAUGGAUAUCAGUUUUUUCAGUUUGGUGGAGUUGACGCCCCCAUAAAGCAGACAACCUCAUCUGAAGACGUCCCAGUUGACGCCUCCAUAAAGCAGACCUCCUCAUCUGAAGACGUCCCAGUUGAUGCCCCCUUAGAGCAGACCUCCUCAUUUGCAGACAUCAAAGCUGAACUGUUACAAGGACUGACACCAUCCACGCCCCAGAUUCCAGUCGCUGCUGCCCAACUCCCGCCACCUCAGGAGAAACUUGAUGUGCAGCCGGUGUCAUCUGGACCACAGCACCAGUUUGUACUGCCGCUGAAUCGGGUGGGACAGGCUCCAGUGUUGCGCCCAGGCCCUCAGCCCAAAAAACGCCCAAUUACCCCUGCCCCACUCAUUGCCCCAGCCACUGCCCCACCACCUGUUCCAGCUGGCCUGACCUUCCUCGUGUCAGCUCCUGGGAUGCCUAAGACACUCCUCCAACUCCCAGCCAUGAUGGUGCCUGCACCUCCUGCACCUGUGAUGCAGCUCCCAGCCAGGCCUGUCGCUGCACCAGCCACAGCCCCCACUGCCCUACUGUUACCUGCACCGACGGCUCCUGGACCUGCCGUGAUCCUACCCAGGCCUGUUGCUGGAACAGCCCCAUUGCUACCUGCGCCACCGGCUCCUGGACCUGCCAAGCUCCUAGCCAGGCCUGUUGCUCCACCAGCCAUGCCCCCCCCAGCCCCACUGCCACCUGCUCCUGGACCUGUCAUGAUCCUACCCAGGCCUGUUGCUGGCACAGCCCCAUUGCCACCUGCACCUCCUGCUCCACAGCCCUCCAUUUCCCGCUUCACGCAGAGGAACAGGCGGAAGAGGGCAGCCGAAGAGAAAAGUGGUGUGGUGAAAAGGAAGUAUGUAAGGGCUGUGACAUACAAUAUAUGUUCUCUAUGUGGGCAGCCUAAAAAUGCAGAGUUUGGGCAUAGUCGGACUUCGAGUGCCACUUUUUGUUCACGUGCCUCAGGUGGCAAAUCUGUUGAAGAUUGGUUGGCAGAACAGAAAGGAAAAAAGUAAUGUUGCAGUUCUAUUGCACUGUAAAUAUUAAGUGUGUGUGUGUGUGUG